UGAUUGUCUUCACUGAUGCCUAACUCAAGCGAGCAGUCGCAUUUUGGUGCCUCUCUGGACCAGCGUGGUCCUGAGUGGAGUGAAGGCCAGAACGACAGGGCUGCUAGUCGCUGUCACUACUGUGGUAACAUCGCAGGGCGCAGGAAUUCUCUGCCAUUGGGCGGGGGGGAUGUUAGAGCGUGGCUUCACCAUCACCUAAAUCUUGGUGAGAAACGGGAUACGGUCCUCCAGCCCUCCCUGUACAGGCAGAUCCAGCAGGACCGGCAUGAGCACCCGGUAAUGAGGAAGAACUCUGUUCCAGAUCUGAGCAGCAGCCUCUACAUCAGGCAAGGAAUGGCAGGCCGGGCCUCAGCGCCACCUCAGGAUUACUAUCUGGCGGAUGCUACCUUAUCUGGCCAGCCACCUGAAGAGUCUGGGUUUUACAGGGAUAACCGGCAGUUGCUCAGCAGAUCAGCAUCGCAUUAUGGGGGGGUGAGGCCUACCUGGGAUCAAGGACAAGCAAGGGCCACACCUUCCAUGCUGGCCUCUGUUUCUACAGCUACGCCCGUACCUCCUCCCCCUCCUCCUCCACCUCCACCUCCGCCCCCACCUCCUCCCCCUCCCCUUCACGAGCUGAGCCGUUUGUACCGGGAAACUCUGGGAUCUAAGAUGAUCCCAGACGUCCAGCGUAUUGGCCGCUCUGCCUCUCCUGCUAUCUACGGGGUUCAGCCCCCGCUUCCUGUUUAUGCUGUGGAGCCGCCGUCUCUCUCCGCUUGUCAAGCUUAUAACGGUAUCAGCAGCUUUUCCCUGGAACCCCGCCAGCCAGCUGCCACCAGUUCAGUGGUGGACCCAGCUUCUCAGGGAAUGGACGGAGCUCUCCCCCGGGCUUAUGGAGCUGUAGCCUCCCAGCGGCUGCCUUAUGACCCAAACUAUGACCCCAGCACAGCCAUGGUGGCGGUCACAGCUGGGAUGGCUUCCAGCAUGCCUCCACACCAUCCCAGCGCUGCAGACCCCAAGAAAAUGGUGGACCCUAACUUCUUGGCUUUCCUGCGAGCUGAAGGCAUGGCUGAAAGUACAAUUACUCUCCUGCUGCAGCAUGGCUUUGAUUCCACGGCCACAUUGGGGAUGAUGGAGGACCACGAUGUCCGGUCCGUGGCCCCUAACUUGGCCCAGGCCCGUGUUCUGUCCCGUGUGGUUCUCAGUUGCAAGACAGGUGCUCCGGCAACACGCACCCGAUCCAACAGCUUCAGCCAUCGCAACGACCUCUAUAUGCAGCCACAGGGUUUGACUAUGGACCCCAGCCUGAUGCAGCAACCUCCCACUACCAUCCAGACCGUGUCCCCUAGGAUGGGAGAGUUUCUUGGUAGAAGACCCAGCAGCGCACCCUCCCAACAUCUCCUGGAGACCACCACCUACCCAGGAGCACGGCCUCUGGCAACUGGAGCUUUUCCAGUCAGCCCUGUAGGAUAUAGUAAUGCUGUGACUCAGGGAAGACCCUUCUCCAUGUACAAUGCUCACACCGGUCUCGCUAUGUCUGCUCUUGGACAACAGCCUCCACCAGCUCCAGGCACCCCUGGAGCGGCGCCCAAAACCUUCUCUGGCUCCUACUCCCCCAUAGAGCUAAUGAAGAGAGCCCCCAACCUUCCCCCAGCAUCGCCUGUAGCAGCACCAAGCCCCCUUCACAGCCCACAACUUCUCCGGAAAGGGAUCAGUGCUGCUCCUGAGAGUACCAUUGUUCCAGUUACUUCUUCUUCCACCCUUCAAGCGCAAAAUCUUAACAACAACAAGAUGGUUGGACGCCGCACUGGUCCCCCUGUCAUAGUCUCAACCAUGGCCACCACUCCUGACACAAGUAUUCGGCCCCAAAUAAUGAACGGGCCAAUGCACCCGCGCCCCUUGGUGGCCCUGCUGGAUGGGCGUGACUGCACCGUGGAGAUGCCCAUCCUGAAAGACUUAGCAACUGUCGCCUUCUGCGAUGCCCAGUCCACACAGGAGAUCCAUGAGAAGGUGCUUAAUGAAGCAGUGGGAGCCAUGAUGUACCACACCAUCACCCUGACCAGAGAGGACCUGGAAAAGUUUAAAGCUCUACGCAUCAUCAUCCGCAUCGGCAGCGGCUACGACAACAUCGACAUCAAGGCGGCUGGAGAGCUUGGCAUCGCUGUGUGUAACAUUCCCUCGGCAGCUGUGGAGGAGACGGCAGACUCCACUCUGUGCCACAUCCUCAACCUUUACCGACGAAACACCUGGCUCUACCAGGCUCUCCGGGAGGGCACGCGGGUCCAGAGCGUGGAGCAGAUCCGGGAGGUGGCGUCCGGCGCCGCGCGCAUCCGCGGCGAAACCCUGGGCCUCAUCGGUUUCGGUCGUUCGGGCCAGGCCGUCGCGGUUCGAGCUAAGGUUUUUGGCUUCAACGUCAUCUUCUAUGACCCCUACCUGCAGGAUGGCCUGGAGCGCUCGCUGGGCGUCCAGCGCGUCUACACCCUGCAGGACCUGCUCUACCAGAGCGACUGCGUCUCCCUGCACUGCAACCUGAACGAGCACAACCACCACCUCAUCAACGACUUCACCAUCAAACAGAUGCGUCAGGGUGCAUUCCUGGUCAAUACCGCACGAGGAGGUCUGGUGGAUGAGAAAGCUCUGGCCCAGGCGCUGAAGGAAGGGAGGAUACGUGGAGCUGCCUUGGACGUCCAUGAGACUGAGCCCUUCACUUUUGCUCAGGGCCCGCUGAAGGACGCUCCAAACUUGAUCUGCACACCACACACAGCCUGGUACAGCGAGCAGGCCUCUCUGGAGAUGAGGGAGGCAGCCGCCACCGAGAUCCGAAGAGCCAUCACCGGCCGCAUCCCUGACAGCCUACGAAACUGCGUCAACAAGGAGUUCUUCGUCACCACGGCACCCUGGGCGGUUAUGGAUCAACCUGGAGUUCACCCUGAGCUCAACGGCGCUGCUUACAGAUACCCGCCGGGUGUGGUUGGAGUGGCUCCGGGCGGCAUCCCAGGGGCGUUAGAGGGCAUGGUGCCCGGUGGGGUGCCCAUCGCCCACACCCUGCCCUCUGGUACACACCCCUCCCAAGCCCCAUCGCCCAACCAGCCCUCCAAACACGGCGAGACCAGAGAGCACCUCACCGAGCAAUAGCAGCAGAGAAGGGAUUCAAACUGCGACAUCUCAUCCGACCCGCUGACACUCAGAAAAAAAAAAACAACCAAUCACAAAGCAACCGACCAACUGGGACCAAGAGACAGUGAAACAACACAAGUGGCUGCCUGUUAAACCAGCCGGCAACUGGGAACAAAAGAAGUGUUCCGGGGAAUUUGUACUUUUACCAUUUUAGUUUUUACUCUCUGUCUCUUUGGGUUCAGUACCGACUUUACUCUUUGAUGAUGUUUUUUUUGUUUUGUUUUUCUUCGGGACAUGCCUAUGAUUGUGGACACAGAGUCCAGUGUUUUUAGUGCUCCGGGAUUAUUACCUGAUGAGACUCUGUCCCACCCCCCCCGCCCCCCACCCUCACCGUACACCUCAGAGCUCAUGGGAAACGUAGGCCCACAUCUCAACACAACAACGGAAGAACAAGAGAAAAACCUUUGGCAUCAUGUGCUACUGGACCUUAUUACCCCCUCCCAUCCCUUCCUCCAUCCUCUCCUGAUCUUCCCCACCUCUCCAACCCUUCUUAUGUAACAAGUGUGUGUUGUUUAGGCCCCUCAUUAUGCCUCAGAAGAGAAUUAUAAUUUGUUUUUCUUUCUAUCCUAAGUGUGAAUGACUAAAAUGGAUUAUUGACUUAUAUAUAUUUAUCAUUCAUCAAAGAAAAAGGAAAAGAUUGCUCAUCAGUUACAGUAAUCUAGAGUGGGUUUUAACCCUUUCCUGGCAAUAAUACAGCUUUGACAGCUAUCAGUUACAGAUUUGUACCACUAGAGGGCACUUCUACACAGCGUGAGGAGCGUCUUCUGCAACUUGUGGCAACCGAAAUCUUAAAUUGCUUCAACAUACCGAGUGAUUCUUUUAUAAGCUGUCAGUGGUUAACACUAAAUAUUCACUUUAUACAUUUGAUUGUAGCUGAAGUUUUAGGGUAUAUAAAAACAGAGGGAGCUGUUUUUGUCAGAGUUAGUGAUGUGUGACUGUGAGGAAAAUGUAAAAAGUGAGGAGCCUGGUGUGACUGCAUCUGACUCUUCUCUGCCAACAACCAGUCUUUGUUUCAUAGGCGGCGUACAGGUCGAGACUCCCUCCCUUCUUUGAGCACAUUUCACACAGAAGACAGGAAAGGGUUAAAGCAAACUUAAUUUCUUAAUGACUCAGGAAAACACUUUUUUGCAGAUAUUUUUUUUUCUUCCCCCAGAAUUUUUGUCUUUGAGGAAAAAAAAGAAAAGACUAAUCUGGUUAGUCUGAAUAUUUUCUCUCCUCCAUUCUCCUCUCCAUUGUGGUAUUUUUAUAUACAAGGCGCAUCCCACGUUUUUUGGUGUUACAGAGAUUUGAAGAGUCCUGUUAGAUUUGUAUUGCCUAGUUAAAUGUUCCUAUAACCAUAGUCCUAUGUGAUCCACCCUCUCUCUUCUCUCCUUCUUAUAUUUUCUUUGUUCUAUUGAAGGCCAGGUUCUUUGGGGCAUCCUGUACUCUGUAAGAGCAAUAGCUGAAACUCCUACUUAGUGUCCCAACAAUAGCAGAAGAGGCAGCCAGCAGUAUGUUUUUGUUUUUAGUGUGAGUAUUUGUAUUUGUUUCUUGUACAAGGUGAACAUUUAGCAUUCAGUGCAGUUCAAAUAAAAAGAUACGAUUCUGAGAACCA